CUCAAGUCUCACACAAGCUCGUACCAUCUUGAUAGGGAGCCUGAGGCGUAGAGCUUGCAAAGGUCCCACACAACAAAGUGAUUCAAGCAGCCGCAAAUACUCAUAGCCGAAGGACGAGUGAGCUUAGAGAUCCCAACUUGCCGAAGAUAUCGUGUACUUCUAUCUCGGAGCGUUCACGGCAAUGUCUCGAGAACAUCCGCUACCGAGUAAUCCAAUGAGUGGGCGGUCUCCCAGUCCAGCAAAGGACGACCGACCCGGCUUUUCCAGAAGCGGAUUCGCACCCAUCCCUCAUCGACAUCAAGAUUUCGCUCCUCCGCCGCCCAUUCCUUCCGGUAUCCCGCCUUCUCGUGAUGACGAGCUUAGACGGGACUCCAUGUCAAAGCGCGAGCCAAUGGAACGCUGGGACCCCAGGGAUGAUUAUGAUAGAAGACCACCUUGGGAGGAUCAUGAUCGAAAAAGGCGCCGCUCCUCAUCACCUCCUCCUCAUCCUUCUCGUCGAAUGCGACGCUCACCCUCACCUCCACGGCAUGGGUUACCGGAUCCAGCUGAUAUUGACACGCUACUUUCCUUCAAGCAAUUUGCGGACUGGUUCAGGGCGAGUCAUCCUCAAACCGCCAGAGCGGACGAGGAAGAAGUUCGUCGGGCAGUAGAGAGCGCUGAAGGUCUGGGCAAGGAGAAGAAGGGCAUGGCGAAGAGGUAUGAGAGGUACAGGAAGGAAUACACGUCGCGACAGCUUUACGCUCUCUAUUUGACGCAUCGAGAAUCCCCUUGGUUCGUCGAACGGUAUUCGCCAGAUCAGAUCUAUGCGACGCAGCGUAGGCGUGUCAAUCGACAGGGAAGAGUGCCGACGGCUGAAAAGUAUCUGGAUGCCCUCAAGGCUGGCGAAUACGACAGUGUCAAUUUUGAUCUGGAGCCUGGUCUUUCCGGGGACGAUUUACGCCUGGAGAUUCCACCAUCAGAACGACAAGUCUUCGUCAAGACUGUUCCUCCGUCCACAAGCAGAAAGGAGCUCGAAGAUUUAUUUGGAAAAGUCGAGGGAUUUCAAUAUCUUGCGUUAACAGAGCCUUUCAUGAAGAAGCAAUUUCAUCGUGUAGCUUGGGCUCAAUUUGCAGACGGUGUGGAUCCGCAGGAUGUUGUCAAUAAGCUCGAUGGGUCAAAGAUCGACACGUUCACGUUCCACAUGGGCGUCAACGCGAGCCCUGUCAUAGGCAGGACACGUAUCACUGCUCCUGCUGCCAACACGUUGGAACGUCUCGUGAUCGAUGGAGAAAAAGCCCAUGAUUUGGCGUACAAACUUGAAGAGGAAUUGAUCGAUGAGGACACUACAUAUCCUGGCUUGCGAGAGAAAGGAACGACGGUCGUGCAAAACAAGAUUGACCAGCUGCUGGAGGAUCAAGGUCUUGUUGGUGAUGAUCUCGCCGAUGAUAUGAAACUCAAACGCGCAAAACUCAUUGCAGACCAUUGGAUCUCCUAUCUGCGGCAUGGACUCUCGACUUGCUACUACUGCGUAGCUCCAAGUGCUUUCCAAGAGGAAUUACACCGAAAAUGUGUCUCUCAUAAGCGUCCGGAUUCAAACGCUGACGUUGAAGAUGGCAAAGAGGAUGACCAUGAGGAGGACGAGGAGGAACGGCAUGAUAGAAGACAGUCAAAAGAGUCCGAAAGAUGGGAAGAGACUUUGGACAAAAAACUCCGGCCGUUGUUGCAGCAGGUGGACGUGCAAGAGUAUGGCGGGAGAGAUCCAGAAGAGGAAACGCGAAAGCUCGCUGCGCCCUUGAUCAAGCAGGAGGAAGCGUCAAAGUAUCGCUGCAAGGAAUGCAACAAGCUUUUCCGGGCACCCGAAUUUGUGGUCAAGCACAUCACCGUCAAGCAUCUCGACCUCGUCGAUGUCAAGACGGACGAGCUCGCCAUGCUCAACGCGUUUGUCCUGGAUCCUCAGCGGAUUCAACCGACGGCUCAGACUCCAGCAGCGGUCAAUGAUCGCUUGCCGCUCCCUCCUCAACCUCAAUUCAAUGGCGGCGGAGGAGGCAACGGGGGCGGAAUGAACAUGAUGCAACAGCAAAUGAUGAUGAUGAUGCAGAUGCAGCAAGCGAUGAUGAUGGGAAUGGGUCGCCAGGGCCAAGGUCUGGCCCAGCGUAUGGGUGGUUUCGCCGAGCCCAUAACUCCUCUCCCUACCGUACCGCCUGGUGCUGAAGAUCCUCGAGCGAAGAGAGGUAGAGUCAGUUACCAGGACCUGGACGCCCCGGGUGGAGGUGGCGAUGGGGGAUUGCCAUACUAGCUGCAUACAAGUGAAUCAAAAGGCCAGUAGGCCAGUCGCAUGCAAUUUUCACAUGUUG